GGAGGGUGCGAAUGCGGCUGCGCAAAGGUUCUUGGCUUUAGGGUUAUCCCGAGUUGCGCUGUAUGAAUCUCGGCCGUUGUGACCGUGUCUGGAUUUGUGCAUCUGGGAUCUCGCAACACAGCAGGCGCUUCUUCUUCGCUUCAGACUCUUAUGGAAAAAAAGGAAGGAAAGCAGAGAAAUAAUUUCUCUGAGUCCUGAGAGGUGGAGGCAAAGGCAAUGAUCCCCACGAUCCAGUGCGAAUGUUCGUGUGGACACGCACAAGUCCACAGAAUUUGGUGAUAGCAGUAUACAAAACUAAAAAAGCUACUCUUGUUCCGGGAAACAGGAACAAAAGUUUUUGGAUCAUUUCUAAAGAAUAUAGCAAGCCAAAAAAAAAAUGACAGAUAAUGACAGGUGCGCAAAUACAGAGAAGUAUGUCGGUGACAUUAAGGGUGGACUGAGGCCAACUAUGAAAAUCACUAUCAUGGGUAUGAUAUAUCCUAGUCCCAAAAGUUUUUCAGUGACUUUGCUUUGUGAACCGAAGGAUGAUCACGCAACCAGAGAUAUUGGAUUAUUACUUGUAGUCAGCUUUAGUGAGAAAUCCAUUGUCCGGAAUUCGCAAAUUGCUGGGAAAUGGGGCAAGGAGGAAAAGACAAUUCCCUACUUUCCAUUUACAGCAGAGGACUCAUUUAAGAUGGAACUUUUAUGUGAACAUCAGCAGAUCCGAAUCCUGCUCGACGGACGGCAGUUGUGUAGUUUCAGUCACCGCGUGCAGCCUGUGCAAAGGAUGACUGUUCUGCAAAUCUCAGGAGACCUCAAGCUUACCAAGGUGGCUUGAAUGAAAUAAUAAAUGCCCUUCCCAAUGUUGAGCUACAACAUUCAGCAGUCCUAGGCAAAAUGACUUAACUGCAAAAGAUCCUAGGAGUUUUAACUCAAUGCCCAAAGGGUCCUAAAUUUUCCAUCACUGUAAUAAAUAAUCCCAUAUCAUUACUGCUUUAUGGCAAAAGUCCUUUUUGCAUUUUCUUUUCUUUGCCUUUAUGUGUGCCUUUUGAAAUGUUGGUCUGUUACGUUUUCUUAAAAUUCCACCCCCUUCCAAAAUAAUUUAAACAUUGCUUUUUACUUUAGUUCAGGAUUCUGGGAGUCUUGCAGGUCUAAUUCUGUUACAUCUGAUUGCAAAUGUUGGGAUGAGAGAGCUGCAGGUGGACAGAGGUUUUAUAUUAAUUUCUAAGAGGAAGACUAUUAUAUGCAUAAAGAUGUUUUCAGCACAUUUUUUAAAAAAUUGUGAAGUAUGUUCAUUGGAGCUUGUUCCCAGGUAAAUGUGUACGCUAUGUUGAAAAAAAAUGAAAAUAAAAUA